GAGCCAGGGAGACCAUGGGCACCGCCGUCUCCAAGCGCCGCUCGUUCCGCAACGAGGCCGUGGCAUCGGUGGCGGCCAAAGUCAGAGCGGCGAGGGCUUUUGGCGAUUAUCUGUCUCAAAACCACCCAGAAGGCAAGAAUGGUGCAGAUCACCUGUUGGCAGAGUCAUACGUCGGUCAAGAAGACUCCCCAGAGAUCCACGUGGGCGUUCAAAACAAGCGACGUCUGUCUCUCAUUUCUGACAGGAAGUUCCAGCCCACCUUCCCUGAGGAAGCUGGGGAGAAGCUGGCAGGCGAGGGCCCCAAACCCCGAGUCUAUACCAUUUCCAGCGAGAGGCCCAUGCUCUCGCAGCACCAGAGCGAGAGCAUGGAGCUGGUAGUCCUGAAAGGGACGGGAGAAGAAGAGAUGGAUGGGGAACGGUCCUUAGGUCAGCCUCUCCACAAUGCCGGGAGUUCUCACAACAUCAACCGGCAAUGCAAGGACAGUUGGCCAAGUCACCAGCAAGGCUCGAAAGAGUAUCCCAGUUGCGCCCAGCUCGCAGUGUCGUCUCAGCCUCCGUUUGAUGAAGAACAUCACCACCAACACCACCAACACCAUCACCACCACCAUCACCAUCAUCAUCAUCAACAACAACAACAGCAACAACAGCAACAACAGCAACAACAUCAUCAGAACGAGGCUGGUGAGACCGGCUGGCGCCGGAAGAAGCUGGAACGAAUGUAUAGCAUCGACCGUGUUUCCGAUGAGGUUCCUAUCAGGACCUGGCUACCCAAAGAGAAUCUUUUCACUUUCCAAACGGCGACUACCACUAUGCAAGCCAUUUCGGCGUUCAGGGGCUACGCCGAGAGGAAACGUCGCAAACGGGAGAACGAUUCGGCCACUUUGAUCCAGAGAAACUUCCGGAAACACCUCCGUAUGGUUGGGAGCCGCCGCAUGAAGGCUCAAACUUUUGCCGAGAGGCGUGAGAGGAGUUUCAGCCGGUCCUGGAGCGAUCCAACUCCCAUUAAGCCUGAAAACCUCAGUGACUCCCGAGAAAGCCAUGAAUUUCAGGAUUCCUGCUGUGCCAUUGACAAAGGGUUUGACUUGAACUGGGAGGUGGAGAAAGAACUGGAAGCGGCCGCCUGCAGUGGGGAGGACUUCGUUCCCCCCAAAAUCAUGCUCAUUUCCUCCAAAGUGCCCAAAGCGGAGUAUGUUCCAACGAUUAUCCGUCGCGAUGACCCAUCGAUCAUCCCCAUUCUCUAUGAUCAUGAACAUGCCACCUUUGAUGACAUUCUGGAGGAAAUCGAAAAAAAACUGAACAUCUAUCGGAAGGGCUGCAAAAUUUGGAAAAUGAUGAUUUUUUGCCAGGGAGGUCCGGGCCACUUAUACCUCUUGAAGAAUAAGGUCGCCACCUUUGCCAAAGUGGAGAAGGAGGAAGACAUGAUCUACUUCUGGAAGCGGUUGAGCCAUCUGAUGAGCAAGCUGAACCCGGUUCCAAAUGUCAUCCACAUCAUGGGAUGUUACGUCUUAGGGAACCACAAUGGCGAGAAGCUCUUCCAAAAAGGGGAGAGGGCAGCUCAUGAUCCUCUAAACAAUGACGUUAACCCUCUGGAGAAUGAAGAAAGGACUCACUUUGGGUGA